AGCGCCUCUCGGAGACGGAGCGGCAGGCGCCCGCUGUGGACAUCCCCAAGGAAGAGUCCAAGGCGUCCGCUGCGUCCGCACCCUCGACGACCUUCGCAGCCCCAUCACCGGACUCCGGGAGAAAGCCGUCUGAAAAGCGAUCCGGAAGCUUGAGCCCGAGAGAAACGACGUCUCUCAUCUCGAGAUUUGAGUCCAAGAUGGCGUCCGCGGGCUCCAUGCUGAGCGGGCGGCGUCCCCGCUCCGCCGUGUCCAUGCCCGUCACCGCGCCGGGCACCCCGAGGACCGUGUCCAGGGCCUCCCUCGCCUCCCGCGGCUCCAGGGGGUCCAGGGGCACCUCGCAGACCGCCGACUACGGGCUGUCCCCGGGGCUGCAGCAGCUGAUCGCGCGCCUUGUCCAGUCCAAGGACGGGGGCCUCAUCGCGUACCUCAGCGCCAUCCCCGGGGAGCCGCACAGCGCCAACAAGCCACCCGCCGCCGUCAACAAGCUGCAGCAGAAGGGCGCCGUGAAGCUCCGGUCCAUCAUGAAGAUCAGCAAGCCCCAAGUCCGAUUCGAGCCGACGUACAGGCUGGACCCGCUGCGGCCGUUCCGCGGCGACCGCGCGCGCUCCCUGGUGCAGCAGGCGUUGGAGGUGGGCGUAGCGGGUGCGACGUACUCGGAGCAGUGGGCCACGGACGCCAGCCGCAUCCUGGCCGCCUACAUCACGCAGUGCGUCAAGGGGCUGGACACGUACGCGCCGUGCAGGUACAAGAUCGGCACCCAGGUGUCCGUGAUGGAACGGCACUCUCAAGGCGUGCGCACAGAGCUCGGCGUUCUCUGGGACCCGGACCGGGACCGCUUCAUCGCGGCCAGCGUGGAGACCACGACGAUGGUGGCCUUUGCCGUCGUGUACGCCGUGUACUGGGACUGACCCGCACCGAAGAGAACGCGCCCCUCCUGACUCAGCC